GGGGGUCCCGACUUCCCCAUGCGAUCAUGAGCAGUAAUGCAUGAAAUACAGUCAAAGAAGUCCGGGUUGUGUGCCUUGCCAGUUGCUGCACGACAGGGUUGUUGUACCAUUAGAACAGCCUAUCCCAGACAUGAUUUGCCUCAUGCGUGUCGAGUGUGCCUAACAAAUAUGGUCGUGUGAGAUCCGAGGCGCCAAAACUAGCUUCUUAUCCUGUUGAUUUGCCACCUCCAAAAAGCAUUGGAGCCGUCUUGCCGUCUCUGCUCGGAUCCCCAGCUGGUGAUGGGCGCCCCUCUUCUCUUGUGGGACAACUUUUGUUGGCCCAAUGCAAGCCUUUAGAUUUUUUUGUCCUUAUCGAUAAGUAAUUUUUUCUGUAUCUGUUCUUCCCCUUCCAUAUCGGAUUUUGGUACCCUUGCGAGUCCCCAUCAACACGUCGAUAUGCGCCGCAAAAAGCUACGCGUAGUCAACGUCCGCGCCAGGCGUCCGCUUGAGCGGAAAUGGCCACCCAACCGACAGAUCUUGCUGGAAUCAUUCCUCGACUACACCUUGCCGUUCGCGACCGUUGACCACUCCCCGACCAAGAGAAUAUGCGACCGUCGCGCCGCUUUCGAUGCCAAAUCCCAGAUUGCGUGUCCCAUAUCGAUGAGUGAGGAUCGCCACGUUGCGCUUAGUCAUUUGGAACCUCUAGAUCCCAAGGCUAUGUUCGUUGCUACGACCGACAAGACGACCAACCUUGCGCACGGAAGCUCUGCAACUGUGUUUGAGAAUAAGAAGUUACCUGAGAUUGAAAGCAGUGUCGUGCCGCCAGCCAGAGAUAGAACUGUCACAAUUGAGGCACGAAAGGACGGUGAUAUUAACCACACUAGUAGUAGACCAUAUGUUUAGGUAACUACUACAAAGUUGGUCUGCUGAUCUUAAUUGAAUUUUGAUGUUUCAGGUUCGAAACUUUUGAUGCUUGCAUUUUUUGGUGUAGUAAUCUUUGGUUGGAUGGCGAUUUGGUCCGUCGCUGUUUUUGCGGGUCCGUCCAGGAGUGUCUGAGGAGAAAAUCCAACUUGGGCUUUUGUCCGGUCGCCUGAUCCCUAUAUUGAAUGGACAUCGUUAAUGCUGCAUCAAGCUAAGGACACGUCGAAGUGGUGAAGCUUCUGCUCGAAGAGGGGGCCGAUUGGACGGCCGCGAGAACAAUGGAUUAAUGACGUUAGUAUCACCUUCCCUGCGUGCGUGGAUUAUGCCAUUUAUGUUUUCAGCUGCCGGCACGACAUUGCUUCCAGUCUCACAUGGCCUCUUGAACUUAAGUGUUGAGCCAUGCAAGGUUGAUUUGUGCACUUACCUGUUGGGCGGCUAAUUUUGCUUGAGCGGAAGCCUUGCGCGGGCAUUAACGACGCGGGGUUUUUUGCGGCGCAUUUUGCGCGUCGCGUCGAUCGCGAAGUUGCAAGUACGUCGGAAUUUGAUGCAGUAUGAGAGAAGGAAACUGGCCGUGUAUCGACAAAGAUAAGGUUUAGCUUUGAUAUAGAGUAAGGGUUAGGUCAUAAGGGUCAUUCCAUGUGCCCUUCAAGGUGUCACUCAGUACUAGCGAGGGUACUCGUUGCAAAUUCUCUAAGUGCUAGCACGGGUUAGUGGUCGAGGGAAUGCAAAAGGUGGAGGCGGAAGGAAUGUAGUGGGCCGAUGUCAUGCGUCUACCGUUAGUAACAAUUUUUAGUCUUCUGUCUCCACUGCUAGAUAAUAUGUUUAACAUGAGUUGUCUCCGGAAUUCUGGGGCUUGCAAACGAUUUCUGGCGGCUCCGAUAAAUCGGAAAGUUUAAUGUUCAGGGCGAGCUCUGUGUGUAAACAAGGCAAGCCUGCGAAUCUGUU